UGCACUAUUUGUUUGCAGAACAUUUUACGUUUUGUCCAGACCCAUAGCAUGGUGACAUUAUUCCGUGAAAACCAUCAUGCUGCCACAAUACUCAAAAUGAUUAUGUCUUUACCACACUUGCCACCACAACAGAUGCCAGAAUUGCCAGAAGACUUCCACAUUCUUGGGGGUUUUCUGCCAAUCACAAGAUUGGCAACACGUAUGGGCAUACUGAACCGUAUUAUUCAGUUAGUGGACUAUGUCAGACAAUACUGGUUGACAACAGUGCGUCCAUCCGGAUUUUCCGUUUACGGUGUAAACAUCCAUACUAACAAUUAAGUGGAAAGUUUUCACAGCAUGCUUAAGUCUACCAUAGGCAUACAUCCCCCAGCCUGGUCUUUUUAGGGUAAUUGAUUUUUAAUAAAAAUAUAUAAUUGGCAAUAGCUGGAAUUUUGAUUGGUUUUUAUAAUUUUUUGCAGAUCGAUUACGAUCGGUUGAAAGUAGAGUACGGAGGGAAACGUUACAAACAAUCAAUGGCCAGCAAGUACGAAGAUCUUUUGUGUCUAGCAGAGACACAAAUAACUGCAUUUUGGCUGAUGCUCUAUGGCCGCUAUGACACAAUGGCAUAUUUAAGAAGAGUGUCUUAUUCGGUGAGAAGGUAUAUAGAUAUGCAAAUAGGCCCUUUAACUAAUGAAAUCCUUCUCGAAGAUUUUAUUCCUGGACAGCUACCAACGGUUGGACUUCAGCCUCUGCCACCUGUAUUGCCGCCAUUCCACAUUCGUGGAGCUGGUAGAGGUAGGAGGGGUUGUGGACGUCAUCGGGCAGCAGCAGUUCCAGAAAAUCAUGGAAUGGUUCGGCAUCCAAAUGUGCGCCAACAACCAGGUGGUGGUAACCUUGGAUUAAUUGAAGGUCACCAUCUUCUGGAACAAAAUACUCAACCAGCUCACCAGGCAGUUGAUUUAGAUAUCCCUACAUUUGAAGGUGACCCUGUAGAAGACAGAUGUUUUAUUUGCCUUGAAAGUUGUAGCCAAGUAAAUUCGGCCAACAUUUUGGUGCCUUGCGGUCACGGAUAG